AUGGCUUUGGAGCUCAGUCAACGUAUAGUCAAAGAUUGAUGACACAGGAUGUCAAGGAAAGACAUUAAAAUUCUACUUGUCCAAAUUUGCGCUAAAGGGAGAGAGGAAUCGAAGAAAAGUUUAUAUAGCUCAUUUAUCAUAGCCUUGGAGGCAAACACGAGGGACAGAUACGCUUUUGAAGAGUCUCAAACUGCCAUCUGGAGAUGCAGUAGUUACUUUUGGGGAGGAUAUUGCAUGAAAGGACCUAAAAGAUAA